GACAGCGACCCUUCCCCUCUUCCAGAUCCCAACAGCAGCUUCCCUCCUCCAAAACCCACACCAGUGUAUGAAGGUAGCUUAAAAAUGGAUGCUCACAAAGAAGUUCAGACAUCAGGAGAGCUCAAAUGUGAGCUGUGUGAUUUACCAGCCCCGUACACAUACUGUGGGUGGAUGCCACCAAACUCACAGUCGAUUGUGCUUUUGUGAGAGGCCUAUGUCAUGAAGGAUCCUCUCACCCCUGACAAGGACAUCGUUGGGUCUCAUUGCAGUUUGUGUAGCAGAGUAGUGUGUGUUGGUACAGACUGUAGUCUGUUCUACUCCAAAAGUUUCUGCCUCCCCUGCGUGAAGGAAAACCUAAAGCCCUUUCCUUUGGAAAUACAAGACAUGGAUAAAAGGAAGCCCCAGCAGAAAUCCUGCAAAAAAAACGGAUACAAAGCAUAAAUCUUGAAGGACCAAGAGAGACAUUUCUUUGGCUGGGGUUUCCCCUCUCUCUGCCUGGAGACUAUCAGGUUGCUCCUUUUAAAGAAGUGACCUUCAUCAGCUCACUACUAGAGAGAGCAGCACAUUUCCUUGCCCUUGGCUUGGGUUCAGAUAUCCCCGUGCAGCGCCAGCCACACCAGGGAGCAGCUCUGAGGUGCUGAGGAGCCAGAAAGGAAGGCAGAUGACCCUUCUGUCACCAUGUGAAAUGCUUUCAGUAAGAAACCAGACUGCACAGAGCAUAGGAACCAUGUCCAGAUUUUCACAUUUGCUAUUUUUGUGCUUUGUGUUGUUCUUGACACUCCUACAGUGUUAAGAAAUUCUGAAACAGAUUGAUCUAUCUUAAUUCCGUAUAUACCCAAAAAGUUACUGUACACCAAUUGUUAAUCUGGCAGUGCUGUCCUGGUAAGAUUACAUUAUUCAGGGAAUUUAAAGCUUUUUUUUUUAAGUCUAAAAUAAAAGUGCUGUGGGAAAAUGUCAUAAAUAUAAUACUU